AUGGCCUCAGCAUCUCUGCAAGCUGCUGACUUGUUCAGCGUCAAGGACCUCAUUGUCGUGGUUACAGGCGGUGGAACAGGCAUCGGACUCAUGAUUGCACAGGGUCUUGAAGCCAAUGGAGCCAUUGUGUAUAUCAUCGGAAGAAGACAGGAGGCCCUGGAUAAAGCCGCCAGCACCGCUAAGCAUGGAAACAUUCGCACCAUUCAGGGGGAUGUUACCUCCAAGUCAGAUCUUGAGAAGGCUGUUUCGCAGAUCAAGUCGGCACACGGCUACGUUAAUGUCGUCAUCGCAAACUCAGGUAUUGGUGGCCCAGCGCUGAAGGGCAUGCCGGCAAACCCCUCCAUCUCUCAGUGGCGCGACUUCGUCUGGAACUGGGAUCCCGAAGAGUUCACCAAGACUUUCGCAGUAAACGCUACUGGUGUCUUCUUCACUGUGGCGGCGUUUCUCGAACUGUUGGACGAGGGAAACAAACGCAGUAACUUCAAGCAGCGAAGCCAGGUUAUCGCAACCAGCAGCAUUGGGGCGUUUAACCGGCAGCCCAUGGGUUUCGCGUAUGGGGCGUCCAAGUCGGCGGUGGUUCACAUGAUGAAGCAGCUCUCCACGGUCCUGGUCCCGUAUAACAUCAGGUCUAACGUCAUCGCACCCGGCUUCUAUCCGAGUGAGAUGACGACAGCAACGGUCGAGCAGCACAAGGACGGAUGGCCAAAGGCAACGAUCCCUGAGGAGAGAGCUGGUGAUGCAGAGGAUAUGGUCGGUGCGGUGCUGUACUUGGUCAGCAGGGCCGGCGCUUACACCAACGGCAACGUGCUCAUUUCAGAUGGUGGCAGACUCGCCGUCGUGCCAUCCUCAUACUGA